GGGCCUUUUCUUUUGCAAGUUUGGCGGGCGCACGUGUUGCCCCCCGAAUAAUUUUUGCAGUCUCAGCCGCCCUUCGCCUGGCCGGGUUGCUAUGAGUUUGCCUCUCAAUCCAAAGCCAUUUCUAAAUGGGCUAACUGGGAAGCCAGUAAUGGUGAAAUUGAAGUGGGGAAUGGAAUACAAGGGCUAUCUUGUAUCGGUUGAUGGCUACAUGAAUAUGCAGCUUGCCAAUACCGAAGAAUAUAUUGAUGGUGCAUUGUCAGGACAUCUUGGUGAAGUUCUGAUAAGGUGCAACAAUGUCCUAUACAAAAGGGGUGUAGAAGAAGAAGAAGAAGAUGGAGAAAUGAGAGAAUAAUGUUGGAAAAUCUUGUGUUUUUUAAUGUGUAAAAUAUAUAUAUUCAGUUGUCGCUUUUGAAGAAAAUUCAAGUUUUGUAACUACAUUUUGGGGUGCAGAAAAAUACAUUAAGCUGAAAGAAACAGUCAAUAUGAAAGAUGAACCACAAAUUAAAAACUGGGAUUAUUUAGCCUUAAUACAAAUAUUUUAAAGCAAAUGGGAUCAGAUGUAUUCCAUCACCAUUUACUUUAUAUGACUAGGUGCAAGAUAUAAAACUAGUACAAAAAUACACUUUACAAAAAAACCUCAAGUAAAA